CUCCUUUCUGGCCACGUCUGCCGGGUUGUGUUGUGUAGCUGCGGCGCAGCAGUAGCAGCUGUUGUGGGUUAAAGUCAGCCUAGGAGCGGAGAUGCGGGAGAAUUCUCAGGGCGCUCUGGGCUGCCGCGCGCGCCCCUGGACGGGAUUGCGUUGGCCGCAGCUGCUGGCGCUUGGUUUGCUCGUACCACUCGCUUUCGCUUGGGAGAGCGGCGACUUGGAGCUCUUCGACCUCGUGGAGGAAGUCCCGCAAAACUUCUAUGCUUUCCUCGGCGUUGAGCAGGAUGCUCCAUCAGCAGAUAUUAGGAAAGCUUAUCGCAAGCUUUCACUGAUAUUACAUCCAGACAAGAAUAAAGAUGAAAAUGCUGAAACACAGUUUAGACAAUUGGUGGCCAUAUAUGAGGUUUUAAAGGAUGAAGAGAGAAGGCGUAGGUAUGAUGAUAUUCUGAUCAAUGGGCUACCAGAUUGGCGACAGCCUGUAUUUUAUUACAGGCGAGUGAGGAAAAUGAGCAAUGAAGAGUUGGCAUUACUUCUGUUCAUUAUCCUCACAGUAGGACAUUAUGCCGUGGUUUGGUCUAUCUACCUGGAAAAACAACUGGAUGAGCUGCUUAGUAGAAAAAAAAAGGAAAAGAAGAAAAGGUCUGGAGGAAAGAAUAGUGAUGAAGUGAAACUUGGUGUAGAGAAGAGUGAAAGACUGGUGGAAAAACCACAGUGGCGGGAUCUACUUCCAUGUAAAGUGGGAAUAUGGUUCUAUACAACGGUAAAAGCAUUGCCUCAAUUAUUUCAGGAGGCCAGGCAACUCUACGUAGAAUAUAAAGAAACAAAAAUAAAAGAGAAAGAAGAGGCUUCGGCAAGAGCUGAACUGGAAACACUUCAGAAGGAAAAAAAACCUAAAGUCAAGAAACCAAAAUCUGAAUUUCCUGUGUAUACUGUGGCUGAAACAAAUGCAUAUAUACCAUCAUAUGAUCAUGGGACUUCUAUUGAAGAAAUUGAAGACCAGAUGGAUGAUUGGUUGGAAGACAGGAACAAAUCACUUAAAAAAAAGGCCCCUGAAUGGAUGGAAGAGGACCUUAGCCAACUGACAAGAAGUAUGGUUAAGUUCCCAGGGGGGACGCCUGGUCGAUGGGAAAAGAUUGCUCACGAAUUGGGUCGAUCAGUGGCAGAUGUUACAACGAAAGCCAAGCAGAUUAAAGAUUCAGUUUCAAGUGCUCCAGGUACUAUUAAAUUCUCAGAGUUGAAAACUUUGGCUCAAAGCUCAAGAUCCAGCAAGGCCAAUAUUAACUUACCUGAUCUUAUAAUCACUCAACGGGAUAAAGAAGAUGACCAGGAGGAAAAAACAAAGUACAAUUAUGAUCCAGAAACAAUAAAUAAGAUCACAACAGAUGAACAAGAGACUGGGUUAAAUGAAGCCCGACAUCGCAAGCGGAAAACAAUACCAAAGGCUGCUGAAACAAUAUUCCCAGGGACAAAAGAGACAACAGAGGACAAAUGUAGAGGGAAGCGCCAGAAGGACUUUGACACUGCAGAACAAGAGGAAUAUAGCGAUGAUGAGGCCAGGAAAAAAGAGAAGUGUCGCAGUUCAGAUGACUUGUGGACUCAGAAUCAACAGAAGCUUCUAGAGCUGGCUUUGCAACAGUAUCCAAAGGGAACGCUGGAACGUUGGGAUAAGAUUGCCAAGUGUGUUCCAGGAAAAAGCAAGGAAGAAUGUAUGACUAGAUACAAACUGUUGGUUGAACUUAUACAAAAGAAAAAAAUGGCCAAAAGCUGAACAUUUUGAAGAAUAUUAUUCAUCAAAAUGGGAUACAUUAAACAUCAUAUGCAGUGACUUGUAUUUUUGUACCUCAGUAUUUCAGUAUGUCAUGUGCCUUAGUAAAAAUCUGUAAAUUUUA